AUGUACGACAAGGUGGUCUCGCUGGGCUCGCGCCUGCACUACCCCAUCGUCAUCACCAAGCUGCUCAAGUCGUCUGGCGACUCCAUCAAGAAGCAGGAGACUAUAUUCGAGUACAAGUUCUCCUGGCGGCGGAAAAUCGGCGACGACGAAUGGGCGGAUGAGACGACAUACACAGAGUUUGACAGUCCUGCCGAAGGCACCCUAAAAGAAUGGCGCAUCAAGGAGGGACAGACGAUUCCGGCCGACGUGCCGUGCAUGACCGUCGAGGAAGCUUGCGGCCACGAGGUGCAGAUCCAGGGCUUGUGCAGCCUGUGCGGUGCAGACAUGACCGAGAUCAACUGGGCCAGCGAGGAAAAAGACACCGAUCGCGCCAUGAUCAACAUGACGCACGACCAGACCGGCUUGAUGGUGAGCCAAAACGUGGCCAAGAAGGCCGAGCACGAGUCACAGAAGCGGCUUCUGCGCCAGCGGAAGCUCAGCCUGGUGGUCGACUUGGACCAGACCAUUAUCCAUGCGUGCAUAGAACCGACUGUGGGAGAGUGGCAGCGCGACAAGGCCAAUCCCAACCAUGAGGCUGUCAAGGACGUCAAGAGCUUUCAGCUCAACGACGAUGGGCCUCGAGGGCUGGCUAGCGGCUGCACCUACUACAUCAAGCUACGGCCGGGCCUCCAAGAGUUCUUGGAAACCGUCUCUACCAUGUACGAGCUACAUGUAUAUACCAUGGGAACCCGCGCCUACGCCCUGAAUAUUGCACGAAUUGUUGACCCAGACAAGAAGCUCUUUGGCAAUCGCGUCAUCAGCCGUGAUGAGAAUGGAAGCAUUACUGCAAAGAGCUUGCAGAGACUGUUCCCUGUCAGCACAGACAUGGUUGUUAUUAUUGACGAUCGCUCAGACGUUUGGCCCAUGAAUCGACCAAAUCUGAUCAAAGUUGUGCCUUACGAUUUCUUCAAAGGAAUCGGUGAUAUCAACUCCAGCUUCCUACCCAAGCGACAAGAUAUUCUGCCUGCCCCCCCAAAAUUGAAUGGGGCCCCCAGUUCCAACGCGGAAAACGCUGCUCCGGGUGAAAAGGUCUCACCACUCGAUGAACUAGCGCGAAUGGGAGGGGACGGAGCCAAUCUCAAAGUCCAGGCGGAAGAGCAAGAAAAGACACUAGAAAAACAGCUGACUGAUCGUCCGCUACUUCAUAUGCAGGAAGAGUUGGAUAAGGAAGACGAGCAGUCAGGCCAAAGCCUAGAAGCGGGGGAGUCUUCACCAGCCCACCACCGACAGCAGCUGUUGAGCGACGAUGACGAGGAGCUUAUUACUCUCCAAGAUCAUCUUACCGAUCUCCAUACUGCCUUUUACGAUAUGUACGAUAAGCGACGAGGGGAGAGGAGAAUGUCAGAACCUACCCAUCCACCCGGACAUAGCAAAGCGCGAAGAAAAUCUAUUCACGUUGACGACGGUGUUGAUCUAUCGCUUGUUCCGGAUGUCGGCGAUAUUCUAGACGAACUCAAGUCGAAUGUCCUCUCAGGUCUUGUCAUAUGCCUCUCUGGUCUUGUGCCACUAGGAGUCAAUAUAGAGGAGUCUGAGAUAGGAAUGCAAGCACAAAGCUUUGGAGCUCAGGUUGUGGACGGCAUCUCAAAUAGAGUUACACAUCUUGUAGUUUCUCUAGCACGGCCGCGAACCAAGAAGGUGCAACAAGCGGCAAAGAUUUCGAGCAUCAAGAUUGUAAAUCAGAGCUGGCUAGCCGAUUGUCUUAGCCAAUGGCGUAGACUAGACGAGAGCCCGUAUUAUAUGACCAUCCUUGAUGCCGAUCGCGAGAGGUCCGAGGACACUGCAGAUACUGGUUCAGCAGAGAUGGAAGAGGCCGGCAUCUCUAUUAACAUGGGGGACUUUGAUGAAGAGCUCAAGGAGUUUUUGGGAGAUGAUGACGACGACGAGGGUGAUGACGAAGGGGAUGGAGAUGAGGGAGGCGAGGCGGAAGAUGAAGAUAAUGGGAGCGAGACAACGGACAGUGACGCAGACGACACCGACGAUCCAGACCAGAGAGGCACAAAGCGAAAAGCCAGAGCAUCCACUGUUGAGUCAGAAGGCGAUGGUUCCAGUACUGUUGGAGAAAGCGCAUUAGCGAAAAAGCAGCGGGUGUCACGGAGCAGAGGAGCCUCCUCAUUGAGAGCUGUACAUACCAACGGAGACACUGGUGGAUCUGGCCAAAAGGAUACAUUGCAACCUCGUGUCGCAGAUGCAGAUAACGAGGACAAUUUCGAUUACGACGAGUUGGAACGGGAGCUGCUUGCAGGGCUUGAGGCUGCUGGUGAUUAG